AAAAAAAAAGGGGAUAGAGUUGUUUUUUUUUUUUUAAUUUGUUUAGGGAUGAAAUUGACGAAAUUAAAAUUUUAAAGAGUAAAGUAUGAUAAGUGAUAAACCUUAGGGUCCAUUUGUGCAAUUUACCCCAUGCAUUUAUGAAAAUUAGGUGGCUGGUCUUUGUUUCCCAGAACAGCCCAUUAUCAGAAUUUGUAUCGCCAACUGUUUUCUAUCUUCAUUUUCAUGGUUUGCUUAUUCUCAACCCAUUUCACUCACGGAGGAACCAAAUACCCUAUUUACAGCAAACAUUAUCAGUUUGAAAAUGGAUGGAAGAGAGUGGAAGAACAACAGCAGCAGCAGCAGCAGCGUUGGGGAGGUUAAAGCCGGCAUUAAUUUGUAUGGAGGAAAAAUUCUAGCAGGGAAUUCAGGAUUGGAGAAACCCCAAAUGAGUUUUAAAGAGGUAUAAUGCAAAGAACCAUGAAACUCCUUUGUACCAUUUGUCUUCAAAUGGCCUGUUGUAUAUCCUCCUCCUUAGUUUAAAUUUGUUGUAACUUCAAUCAAUUUUUUUUUUAAAUUACUAAAAGCCCUCUUCAAGGACAAGAGAACUUCACCAUGUAAGGGAAGACAUCAGUGGAUUCAACGAGAGCCAAAAAUUAGCAGACUCGGUGAAAGCCAGGGCAGAAUCUGAACUUUUUGAUGCAAGGAAGACAGUGAGAGAUCUAACUUCGAGAAUUGAAGAAUCAAAUUCAAGAGCGAAAGCAUGGAAUCAUGAGCUGGAAAAACUAAGAAAGCCUAAAAGAAGCGUAGAAGAAUUGGAAUUGACCGCGAGGAAUGCUGAGAAUCAUCGGUAUGCAAAUGUGAUGAUAGAACUGGAAUACAUAAAGCAGGAAAUUAGUAAGCUUAAGCUUGACAUGGCUUCUGUUUUGGAAGAGAAAAGGCGAGCAGAGAAGGAAGCUGAAGCCUCAAGUUCAAAAUUGCGGUCUUACUCAAUCUUGGUUGAAGCACUUGAGAAAAAAAUUGAGGAACUUAAUGAAGAGCAAGUGCUGGUUGAAUUGGCUAGGAUAGAGGCUCUUAAUGAAUUUGGAGCCAUUGAAGCUCAGCGAAAAGAAGAAGCCAAGCAAUACUCAUCUGCGAUGGAGGAAACAAGGAAGAAAAUGAAUGGCAUCAUCCAGGAGAUAAACUGCACAAAAGAGCUUGGAAUGAAAUUGGCUGUUACAAAUUCUGAUGUCAAUAUGCUAGAGUGUGAACUAAGCCAACUUAAGGAAAUGGACAAAAGGGUUCAAAACUUUGAGAGCUUGAAAAAUCAAGAGGAAUGGGCUUCUCCUACUUUGUUACAGUCAAUCACAGAAGAAUUGGAGGUAGCCAAUAAAAAGUUAGCUUCUGUUAGAAAAGAAAGUGUUGAGUUCAUGGCCUCCAUGGAUAUCAUAAGGGAUGAAUUCAAGCAUGUCUCAGAAGAAACAACUCGACUACGGAAAACAGAAGAGAAAGCUGAUUUAACUUUUCAAAAUCUCCAUUCUAAGCUCCUCAGGGAAAAAUCCAAAUUGAAGACUGCAUCUGCAGCUGAAGAAAAGGCACAAUCAAUCAUGUCAAAUUUAUCCCUCGCUCUUGAAAAGUUAAAAACUGAAGCUGAGGCAGCCAAGAAAGAGAAGGUACUUAUGGGUGCAGAAAUUGAAAAUCUAGAGGCAGAAGUUGAGAAGACUGAGUCCGAAACAGAUUUGGCUGAGGAAAGAUUACAUGCUGCAAUGCAAGAGGUUGAGUCUGUCAAAUCAUCAGAAGCAAUAGCUCUUGAGAAUCUAAAAGCACUUACAGACAGUACAAUGAGAGCUAGAGCUUCAGCUUCUCAACAUUGCUCCAAAAUAACUAUCUCAAAAUUCGAAUAUGAGUACUUGAAAGGACAUGCCCCAGGGGCUGAAGAAAUUGCGGUUAAAAAGGUUGCAGCAGCUCAGGCUUGGAUAGAAGCUUUAAAGGCGAGUGAGAAGGAGAUGCUAAUGAAAACUGAACUAGCUCAAAGAGAGAUCACAGAAGUACUUAGGGGGGAAGAAGAAGAGAAAGAGCUCCAUAGAACAGAGCAGUCACUUCCUGCAAAUGAAGGGGUUGAGAAUGAUCUACGCAAUUGGCUGCAAAAACGUGAGAAAAACUUGGAGCAUGGAAACUUGCAGCCCGACAUUACAUUGCCUAAAAAAUCCAAGAACAGAAGUGGAAAUGCAACCCCAGCAAGACGGGCAAAGUUUCUAAAGUCUGCGUCUCCUGCAAUGCGACAUAUGCAUCCAUCGACUUCUUUCACAAUGAGGAGGAGAAAGGUAAUGCCAGGUUUAACCAAGUUCAUUAGUAACAAGACAAUUGAGGGGAAUCUGUAAGCCAUUCAAACAUUGUUCGAAAUUUUACAUUUGAAUAGAAAACACUAUCACAUGAUUUC